AUGGCGACCUCCGAUUACAGUGAUUCUGGUGCAUCCGACCAGGAAAUUCUCGAGGCACAAUCCGGAGCUAGGAAGAGAAGGAGACUGUCGCCGACCGAGGAUGUAAGCUCGGCUUCCGAAGCUGAAGUUGUCCAACCACUACCAGUCGCAGCCUCAUCAAUCUCGCGCAUCAAAGCAAAGCAGCAAAACGCGUCGGCAAACGAUGCCAAAUCCGCCGGAUCUGUUGGAACCACACCGAAAACCAAUCCUAAACUGGAUUUCGCGUCGCUCAAUGUAGCGCCAUGGCUCGUCAAGUCGCUCGCAAGCAUGGAGAUCAAGCGCCCAACUGGCAUCCAAGCCUCCUGUAUUCCUGAAAUUCUCAAGGGGAAAGACUGUAUCGGUGGCUCAAGAACUGGUACAGGUAAAACUAUAGCAUUUUCGUUACCGAUUCUGCAGAAAUGGGCGGAGGAUCCUAGUGGUAUCUUCGCCGUUAUUGUCACACCGACCCGCGAGCUCGCGAUCCAGAUCUACGAGCAAGUGAAAGCAAUUUCAGCGCCACAAUCGAUGAAACCCAUUCUGAUUACCGGAGGCUCAGACCAGCGCUCCCAAGCCAUCGCUCUGGCCUCACGACCCCACGUCGUCAUUGCAACACCAGGCCGGCUAGCAGAGCACAUCCGUACCUCGGGCGAGGACACAAUCUGUGGUCUCCGUCGCGUGCGCUUUGUUGUCUUUGAUGAAGCCGAUCGUCUACUCGCUCCAGGCAAAGGCUCCAUGCUGCCCGAUCUCGAGACCUGUUUAUCCGCUCUACCUCCCAAGGAAACACGGCAAACCCUUCUAUUUACUGCCACCGUGACGCCCGAGGUCCUGGCACUCAAAUCCCAGCCUCGAGCUCCAGGCCGUCUUCCAAUCUUCGUUUCCGAGGUCGAUACCGAGGAUUUAGCAAUUCCACCAAGACUGCAGCAAAAGUACCUUCAAACGCCAGUUACGCACAAGGAAUGUUAUCUUCACGUCUUGUUGAAUACACCAGAGAAUAGCAAAAAGAGUGUUAUUAUAUUCUGCAAUCGUACGAAGACAGCCACGCUCCUGGAGUACAUGCUGCGCCUCCUUGAUCACCGCGUCACUGCACUGCACUCUGGUCUCAAGCAAAACGAUCGUGUGGGUAACCUCGCUAGGUUCCGUGCGCAGGCUGCUAGGAUGCUCGUUGCUACUGAUGUUGCGGCCCGUGGUUUGGAUAUUCCAGAGGUGGCGCUUGUUAUCAACUUCGAUGUGCCCCGUGAUCCGGAUGAUUACAUCCAUCGUGUCGGUCGUACGGCGCGUGCUGGGAGGGUUGGUACGAGUAUCACUUUGAUUGGGCAGAGGGAUGUGGAGCUUGUACUGGCGAUUGAGUCGCGUGUGGGAAAGAAGAUGGAUGAGUUUGAGGAGGAAGGUGUUAGCGUUGAAGGCAGAGUCGUCCGAGAUGCCCUCAAGCCUGUAACUGAGAAGAAGCGCGAAGCUUUGUUGAGUAUAGAGGAGGGCAGAGAUGUGAUGGGCAAGCGACAGGUAAGUAUGAAGAAGAAGCGGGCGGAGUAG